CUUGUAAUUCUUUACUUCUUUAACAAUGGCUCCUUUCAACAGACCCGCUUCUCCCUAUGGCCGCCCCGGUAGCUCCAACUCUGUCCACACCAAGGUCGAGGAAGAGCUCUAUGAGGCUGCUGGUAUUGACUACGACAAGGUGACCAUCAAGCGCAAUCCUUCUGUUGCUGUCCUUUACGAAGAGGCCCUGACCUACGAGCAAGGCACCGUGAUCUCGUCUGCCGGAGCUCUGUGCGCCUACUCUGGCAAGAAGACCGGCCGUUCGCCCAAGGACAAGCGUAUUGUUGAGGAAGAGAGUUCUUCCAAGGAUGUCUGGUGGGGACCUGUGAACACCAAGAUGAGCGAGGAGGUGUUCCUGAUCAACCGUGAGCGUGCCAUCGACUACCUCAACACCCGCCCCCGUCUGUAUGUGUUUGAUGGCUAUGCUGGCUGGGAUCCCAAGUACCGCAUCAAGGUCCGCGUCGUUGCUUCCCGUGCCUACCACUUGCUGUUUAUGCGCAACAUGCUCAUUCGUCCGACCGAGGAAGAGCUCGAGAACUUUGGCACUCCCGACUUUACCAUCUUCAAUGCUGGUGAGUUCCCUGCCAACAGAUACACCACCGGCAUGACCUCGACCACCUCUGUCUCGGUCAACUUUAAGCGUUCAGAGAUGGUUAUUCUUGGUUCCGAAUAUGCAGGAGAAAUGAAGAAGGGUAUCUUUACUGUGAUGCAUUACCUCAUGCCCAAGGCCGGUGUUUUGUCUCUCCACUCUUCUGCCAACGAGGGCCCCAACGGCGAUGUCUCGCUCUUCUUUGGUCUGUCUGGUACUGGCAAGACCACCCUCAGUGCUGAUCCCAAGCGUAUGUUGAUUGGUGAUGAUGAGCACUGCUGGAGUGACGAUGGUGUGUUCAACAUCGAGGGAGGAUGUUACGCCAAGUGCAUUGACUUGUCUGGCGAGAAGGAGCCCGAUAUUUUCAACGCUAUCCGUUUCGGAGCCAUUCUUGAGAACGUUGUUCUUGAUGAGGAGUCUCGUGUAGUUGACUAUUCUGAUGAUUUCUUGACCGAGAACACCCGUUGUGCCUACCCCAUCUACCAUAUCCCUAAUGCCAAGAUCCCUUGUGUUGGUAGCCACCCCAAGAACAUCAUCUUGUUGACCUGCGAUGCGUUUGGUGUCUUGCCUCCUGUGUCCAGAUUGACUGCCGAGCAGGCCAUGUACCACUUCAUCUCUGGCUAUACCACCAAGGUUCCCGGUACUGAGGACGGUAUUCUGGAGCCCCAGGCUACCUUCUCUGCCUGCUUCGGUGCACCCUUCCUUGUGUUGCACCCUCAGCGCUAUGCCUCGAUGUUGGCCGAGAAGAUGUCUCAGCACAAGGCCGAUGCCUGGUUGAUCAACACCGGCUGGGUCGGUGGAUCUGCCGCCACUGCCAAGCGCUGCCCCCUCAAGUACACCCGUGCCAUCCUGGACUCUAUUCACAGCGGAGAGCUUGCAAAGGGCAACUUUGAGAAGUUCGAGGUCUUUGGUCUUGAUAUUCCUACUGCUGUUUCGGGCGUUCCUUCUGAGUUGUUGCACCCCCGCAAGGCCUGGCAGGGAACCCCAGCUGAGUUUGACAGCUCGCUCAAGAGUGUUGCCCAGAUGUUUGUCUCCAACUUUGAGACCUACAAGAGCGAGGCUGCACCCGAGACCUUGGCUGCUGCCCCCAAGAUCUAAACAAACAAUAUAGCACCCAUACCUCUCUCUUUUUUUUAGUUUUUUAGUUUUGUUUUCCGAUUUGUGUUUUUUUUAUCCUUCAUUAAAUGUACAUCCUAUACAAAAUGUACAAAUUUCUAUUAUUAUUUUAUUUUAUUUUAUUUUCCUUAUCAUCUCUAUUUUCACCUUUUUUUUAUAUAUAUUUUAUUUUAUUUUGUUGUAACAAAAGAAGAAAGACCUCCUUUUGUCAUGUCAAAUUCACUCAAUAUUCACACAUCCCAUAUAUAUUUCAAUUAACAUUUUUUUUUUUUUAAAAAAAAAUAAAAUAAAAUAAAUAAAAAAAAAGGGAACAGUAAAAAGAGAUAUUAUUAAAGGUUGAACUGUAAAAAAAAAUUAAAAUUUUGAUGGCGAUCUUAUUACCAUUCUUGUGUUUAUUGUUUUCAAAUAAAAUAAGACAAAACUUUACUAU